AUGGCCGCCAAUUCACCAUACGGGACCGACGAUUUGGCCACAGCUGCCCCGCAAAAUUCCGAAGACAUCGCAAGGCCUUGCACAAUCCAACGCAAUGAAAAUGAUGUUCAAGAUGAAGAAAGCCCUCUGCUCCCAUCCUUAGAUUCUCCAGAGACGAAAAUUAAGGCCCUAACUGGGGUGGGCACCAUCAUUGCGGUACUGUUGCUGGGCGAGUUCAUAUCAAAUGCUGAUGCCACGCUCGUAAUGGCCGCCGCUGGUCGGGUAUCCUCCGAGUUCAACAAAUUACGCGAUGCAAGUUGGUUAUCAACGGGAUAUACUCUGGGCCUCUGUGCGGCACAACCGUUGUACGGGAAACUAAGUGAUAUUUACGGUCGUAAACCGUUACUGUUGAUCUCAUACUUGUUAUUCGCAGUGGGGUGCAUAAUUUGUGGUCUCGGGUCCCAAAUGUGGAUCGUAAUACUCGGCCGAGCCAUCAGUGGACUAGGAGGCGCUGGAACAAUGACAAUAAGCUCUGUGAUCAUCACCGACAUUGUUCCCAAGCGUGAAGUCGCUACGUGGAGGGCAUACGUCAAUAUUUCAAUGACUCUUGGCCGGAGUGUCGGCGGCCCAUUGGGUGGCUGGCUCAGUGAUACGAUUGGAUGGAGAUGGCUAUUUCUUCUCCAAGCUCCGUUCGUUGCCUUGGCGGCACUCCUAGUGAUCGUAAAGCUCAACGUUGUCUAUCCCCCAUCUGCCACAACUACAAAGGGUACGCUGGCACGACUUCGUGACGUCGACUUCCUGGGAACCGCCCUACUUGGUACGGCAAUCAUCGCCCUAACAGGCUUGCUCGACCAAGGAGGCAAAUCAUUUCCUUGGCGGUCAUGGGUGACUGUUGUUCUUGCGGUCAGCGGAGUCCUUCUACUUGUCGUGUUUGUGCUUGUAGAAGCCUACGUCGCCAAGGACCCCAUUUUUAAUUUGCGCAUUCUUCGGAGAUCGAAUGUGGCCACAGGUUAUAUAAUAGGAUCGCUCCAAAUUACAGCACAACUGGCGAUGAUGUUUUCAGUUCCACUUUAUUUCCAGGUCACCCAGCGCGCCUCAACCACAGCUUCAGGUGGACAUUUGGUUCCGGCCGUCAUCGGAAACACCUUGGGUGGCCUUCUUGCUGGUGGAGUUAUCAGACGUACGGGUCAUUAUAAAGUAUUGCUCAUUCUUGCAGGUCUGGUGGCAUCGAUUACCUACGCACUUCUUUAUCUGUACUGGAACGGGACGACCGGCUUCUGGGAAUCUCUGUUCAUUAUCCCUGGUGGCAUGGGAACCGGCAUUGCAUCCGCGUCAUCAUUCAUUGCAAUAACUUCUCGUCUACCGGCGGAGGAAGUGGCGAUGGCAACAGCCGGCUAUAUGCUGAUCAUUGGGUUUGCCAUGACCGCUGGAGUCACAACAUGCAACACUCUCCUUGGUAUGGAAUUUUAUCGCCAACUUCGCCAGAAUCUCCAAGGACCAGGCUCAGAAAAAGUCAUUCGACGUGCCAUGGCAGAUACCAAUUAUAUUGCAAAUCUUUCUGGUCGUCUUCGAGAUAUUGUCGUUGAUUGUUACCUCGCAGGUCUUAAGCACACGUACCUCUUCUCUCUCGGGUGUUCUCUGGUGGCUGCAUUGUUUGGACUAUUGAUUCGACACCACCAAAUAUAG